ACAAAUAUAAUAUUGCUUAGGCUUUAAGAACAGAAAAACAAAAAUCUGAACUUGUUAAGGUCGGUAUCGUCUAAGAUUAUUUUUCUCGCAGCAAAUAUUAUUGAUGUCUAUUAAUAAGUAUCCUUGUAGCGAGCCGAGGCCGGGAAUUAAGAGUACCUAGGGUCCGCUGCGUAGAAUGCGCGGUCGGCUGCGUCGUGAAUGAAAAAUAUAUCAACAAGUAGCUCGUAAGGGCGAGUUCGCCCGCGCAUGCGCCUUCAGCUCGUCCAUUUUUUCCAAUAUGGUAGUUUGUUCGAAGCCGCCAUUUUAUGAGCUUCGACCUAAUUUUAACUAGGCGUUUGAGCUGCAUUUAGUGCAUACACAGACCUAGGAUGGAUUGGUUGUGCAAGUGCAUCCAAUGGUGAGGCGUGUCCCGGAAAUUUGAGCCAUGGUGCAUCGGGCGCGAGUGAGGAGCGCCUCCGUGCUCUCCGCGCAUGUCAAUUAGAUUCACUUCAAAGCUGCAUCACGGUGCAUUCGCCGCCAUGCCAGCACCGAUCGUCGUUUAUAUCAUUUCAUUCUUCUUCUUUUGGCUGUACGUGCUUGCGGAUGAACCGAUCGGCCAAAAUGGACCUCAAGCAACAAACAAUUCGGUGGAUGCACCGGACCCUCGCUCUCCUUUGGGCAGAGUACCACCAUAUCAACCACCGCCGGCAGGAAUGGGAGUAGGUCCCAAUCCAAUGAAUUCUCCGGGAUUUUGGCCACACGGCAUCUAUACUCGCGUUGAAGGCUGGCAUCAUCGGCCAAGCCUUCAAAAGGCGAUUGAUGUGAUUCACACCGACCCGGAUGAUGGACCCCUCAACGAAGGGACAGAAGACGACGCAGGCUGUAUUACACCUUGCCUCAAAAUCAAUUUCUCGUGUCAGAUAUCCUGCACGUGCAUUCCUAUGGAAAAACGUUGCGAUGGAAUUGCUGAUUGUGCCGAAGCCGAAGAUGAGGCCGGCUGCGCGAGAUCCUGUGACGAACAUGAAAACCGUACCAUUUGUCACAGCACAAAUGUGUGCAUCGCUUUAGAAUGGCUCUGCGAUGGAGACAAUGACUGCGGGGAUUUCUCGGAUGAGAUCAAUUGCGGUGCACCUACAAAUUGUACAGCCGAUCAAUUCCAAUGCUCCAACGGCCUAUGCAUUCAUAAAGGAUGGGUGUGUGAUGGUGACAACGAUUGUCGUGACAACUCAGACGAAACUAAUUGCACUAAAGGAAGAUGUCGUGAAAACCAGUUUACUUGUGCCGUCGGCGAAUGCAUCUCUCAACAUUGGAGAUGUGAUCACGAACCCGACUGUCCGGAUAGCUCUGACGAAGCCGACUGUCCGGUGGAGCUCAUGCGUUGCGCAGAAAUCGAUUUUGAAUGCAAAAACACGAAAUGCGUUCCCAAGGAUUUCCAGUGCGACGGCGACAACGACUGUGGCGACUGGACAGACGAAGACUCGUGCCCAAUGGUGCCUGGAAGUUGCAACGCUGGCGAAUUCAAAUGCAACGACGGCAAAUGUAUACCGGAAAGAUGGCGAUGUGACAACGAAAGGGACUGUGCAGACGGUGGAGAUGAACUAAACUGCAAACCGAAUAGCAUACGAAAUUGUUCAUUAGAUGAAUAUACUUGCGCUGAUCGAAGAUGUGUAUUGAAAACCUGGCUCUGUGAUGGAGUUCGAGAUUGCACUAAUGGUGAAGAUGAAAUGAACUGCGAAGUUAGCUGCGAAGAAGAUCAAUACACUUGUAGGCCUCAAGAACAUUUAAUGAGUAACGCUUUUAGGAAUUGCGUAAACAGGAAGCACGUUUGUGAUGGUAUGAAGGACUGUCCUCGUGGCGAUGAUGAAGAACGAUGUCCGUUGAAGAGAAAAUGUUCUGCCGAGGAAAAAUGCGAGAAGUUAUGCAUUACUACGUACGACGGUCAUGCAGCAUGCGCUUGUCCUAUGGGAUUUUUAUUAGCUGAAGAUAAAUACAGUUGCCGAGACAUCGAUGAGUGUAUGUACGAACAAGAUCCAGUAUGUUCUCAAACAUGUUCCAAUACAGUCGGAAGUUUCCGUUGUGGUUGCAUGACUGGCUACAUCUUAAGACCUGAUGAAAGGUCUUGUAAGCCAACAGGCGAAUCACCAACACUUCUGUUCUCGAAUAGGAUUGGGAUACGACAGGUGUGGUUAACUGGCGAUAAUUACAUGUCCGUGGUCAAAGGUUUACAUAAUGCGGUAGCUUUAGACUAUCAUUACGAAAAGAAACUUGUAUUUUGGUCUGAAAAUAACUUACGGGUUAUCCGUGUUGCGCAAAUGAAUACAAAAAAUAUGUCAGAUGUCAUUAGGUGGGGAUUAGAGACACCGGCAGGAGUGGCAGUAGAUUGGAUACACGAUCUUCUCUUCUGGACCGAUUCAGGAACAAGAAGAGUUGAAGUGGCAACCCUUGAUGGUUCCAAAAGAGCGGUUUUAGUUGCCAACGAUUUAGACAAACCACGGGCAAUUGCUGUACAUCCCGGAGACGCAUUAGUAUUUUGGACAGACUGGGGUCCUAACCCGAAAAUUGAGCGUGCUGAUAUGGAUGGCGAUAAACGCAAAACUGUUAUAUAUGACGAAAUUUUUUGGCCUAACGGACUAACUAUUGACUAUACGGAAUCUAAAAUAUACUGGGCUGAUGCAAAGCACCAUGUUAUCGAAAGAGCUGCCUUUGACGGACGAGAUCGGCGCAAGGUCACAACGAAAGGUCUUCCCCAUCCGUUCGCGUUAACACUGUUCGAUGAUGCCAUUUACUGGACAGAUUGGCAUACGAAAAGUAUUUCUACCGUUAAUAAGAAUACAGGAAUGGGUAUUCAAACUGUGCAUGCUGGACUUAAUGUCCCUAUGGAUAUUCAUAGUUACCAUCCCCUCAGGCAAUUAAGAACAUACAAAAAUAAAUGUGGCAAAAGCAACGGAGGCUGUAGUCAUCUUUGUCUUCCUAAUGCAUACGGAUUUUCCUGUCGAUGUCCAGUUGGGUUCAAUUUAAAUUCUGACGGGCGAUCUUGCGAAGAAACUCCCGAAAAACUAUUAUUGUAUGCUCGGAGGAAAGAUUUAAGAUUGAAACAACUAGAAUCUAAGAAGCCAAUAGAUUCUUUAGACAUGGUUAUUCCUGUUGAAACUAUUAAAUCGGCAGUGGCUUUAGACUGGGAUCAGAAAAGUAAUUCUAUCUUUUGGACGGAUGUGGAAAAAGACACAAUCAACCGCGCAUACCUUAAUGGAUCCCACCAAACUACUAUUGUGGAUUCUAACCUCAUUUGGCCAGCGGGUUUAGCAUUUGAUUGGAUUACUGAUAAAAUCUACUGGACCGACGGUGGAACAAACAGAAUUGAAGUUUCGAAAUCUGAUGGUAGUAUGAGAACUUUGUUAGCUUGGGAUCACAUUGAUAAACCAAGAGAUAUUGUUGUUAAUCCAGAAGGCGGUGUUAUGUACUGGUCUGAUUGGGGAGCGAGUCCGUGCAUUGAAAGAGCCGAUAUGGAUGGUGGUAAUCGCAAAAAACUCAUCUUCGGACAAAUGACUUGGCCUAACGGAUUAGCUUUAGACCUUGUACACAAUCGUAUUUACUGGACCGAUGGUGGAAAUAAAACCAUUGAGUACGCAAAUUUAGACGGAACUGGGAGAACAAAGUUAAUUGAAAAUUUGCCCCAUCCUUUUGGUUUGGAUUUGUACGGUGACGAAGUAUUUUGGACUGAUUGGGACACACAGUCAAUUCAAGCUGCCAACAAAGAUACUGGAGCUAAACGACGAACACUAGGGUCUGGUGUAGCUGGACUUAUGGAUGUUAGAGUUUUCCACAAGGAAAGAACGAGCGGCUUUAACAGAUGCGGCAAGAAUAAUGGAGGAUGUUCACAUUUAUGCCUCUUGAAACCAGGAGGACGAUCUUGUGCCUGUCCUAUCGGUAUAAAGCUUAAUAAAGAUGGUAAAACUUGUGCCGAUGGUCCUAUCAACUACUUGAUUUUUGCACACCGUGUGGAUAUUCGGGUCAUAUCAUUAGACGUACCGUAUCUUAUUGACGUAGUAUUACCGUUGCCACCACUGAAGAAUGCGCUGGGCGUGGAUGUCGAUCACAGCACAGGUCUAAUUUAUUGGACUGAUACGGGACAAAGGAAAAUACAACGCGCAACUAGACUAGGAACACAUGUUGAAACUGUAAUCGGUAAUGGCCUACACACUGCUGAUGGUAUUGUCAUCGAUUCAACUGGACGCAAGAUAUAUUGGACUGAUGGCGGUCGCAACAGUAUCGAAGUGGCAGAAUUAGAUGGUAGGAAUAGGAAAGUACUCGUAUGGACUGGCCUAGAUUCACCUCGAGCCAUAGCAUUACAUUAUGAAUACGGUUAUAUGUUUUGGUCAGACUGGGGAACAUCAGCUAAAAUCGAAAGAGCAGAUAUGGAUGGCAAUAAUCGGCGCGUUAUUGUGGACAACAAAAUCAAAUGGCCUAACGGUCUGGCCAUAGAUAGAAUAGAGGGACGUCUUUAUUGGAACGAUGCUAAAAUUUUAACAAUAGAAAGUUCCGACUUUGAUGGCCACGAUCGGCGCACUGUUUUAAGUAACGUUCCGUACCCUUACGGAAUCGUUAUCGUUGGUCAGCAUAUAUAUUGGACCGAUUGGAAGACCAAAGCAUUACACAGGGCUGACAAGACUAACGCUUCGGAUCCAAUAGUUAUAAGAAAAAAUCUAGAAGGCUUAAUGGAUAUCAGAGCGAUUCAGAGUGAACGUGUUUUGGAAAAUGCAUGUGGUACUGACAAUGGCGGGUGUUCUCACCUUUGCCUUCGGUCACCACUCGGUUUCACAUGUGCGUGUCCAACGGGUAUGCCAUUCGAAAAAAGCACAACAGACCAAACGCCAAAGAAAUGCAAGUCACAUCCUGAAGAAUUUUUAAUAUUUGCCACUAGAGGAAGUAUUACUUACAUUUCUCUUGAAAGUCCCGAGCAGUGGGAUGUUACUCUUCCAGUCAAAGAAGUGAAAAAUACCAUCGCCGUGGAUUAUCAUUGGGACUUAAAAAUGAUCUUUUAUACAGAUCUUGAUCUGAAUGUAAUAAGGUCUAUAAAUAUGACGAACAUGAGUGAAAGCAAAACAAUUAUCUCUCAGAAAUUGGAAACUCCAAACGGUUUGGGUGUUGAUUGGAUUGCAAAUAAUAUCUAUUGGACGGAUAAUGAACAUAAGGUUAUUGAGGUUGCAAGGUUGGACGGAUCAUCAAGAAAAGUACUCAUAACUGGUCUAACUGAACCAAGAGCUUUAGCAUUGUUUCCAGCAAAAGGGUAUUUAUAUUGGAGUGAUUGGGGUGAACAUCCAUAUAUAGAGAGGUCUUACUUAGAUGGUAGCCAAAGGCAGAUUAUCGUGCAAGUUGACUUGGGUUUCCCUAAUGGUCUAACAAUAGAUUACAAAGAAAGAAGACUUUAUUGGACUGACGCGCUUAAGGAUAGAAUUGAUACGUCUGAUUUAAAUGGACAGCAUCGAGUCCAACUUGUUCCAGACGCAAAGAACCCUUUUGGAAUGACGCAGUUUAAAGAUUAUAUUUACUGGACGGAUUGGUAUAAAAAAUCUAUUAUCAGAGCAGAUAAAAGAACAGGGAAAAACAUAACGUUGAUCAGAACCAAUCUGGAGAUGGCGAUGGAGAUCAAGGCUGUUUCAGCGGACCGCCAGCAUGGAUGGAACCCGUGCAAGGAAUCUAACGGUGGAUGUUCACAUUUAUGCCUUUUCAGAGGCCAUGAAUAUAUUUGCGCCUGCCCAGAUGAUCCGGAUCAUGUAGAAUGCUCAACUGUACCAAAAUUCCUGAUCGAAAAUAUCCUUCCGGCGCAUUACCCGCCUUACUACGACUAUUCUGAUAUAGAGUUUAAGAAAACAGUAAGGCCCCCACCGACCCCUAGUCCGGACUAUUUUGGCAGAUGCAUGAUGGCUGGAGGGAUAAUAUUAAUUUCUAUUUUAGCAUUUCUCUUCGUCACGAUUUAUUGCGUGAAAAUGCUCCGAAAUUAUCGAGACACUGAACUGAAAGACGAAGAGUUCAGCAAUUCUACCGGUCACAUAUCUUUUCACAAUCCAAAUUAUAGCUGCGCAACGGGAGGUCCGGGGGGUAACGGCCCUGAUCAUAUUGAGCGUCGACAAAAUCGAUUUCAAGGAAUCUUCAAGUACGACAAACAGCAGGAGCGGGUAACGAACGUGUACUACCCUGAGGGAACUAGUUUGCUGCCCACACCUACGCCUCCUCCACCCCAAAGACAAGCCCUCACGACGACAAAGCGACCGCCCACGCAUGAUGACUUCGAACCGGUGACACUGCACUCCUACGCUUGAAGGAACGAACGACGAACAUUUCAAAAGUGUUUUCGUUACAAGAACGCGUGCAUGACGUAAAUAUUUAUGCACAUUAUCGAACUAAGUAAAAUAAGUUUAUUGUUAACAGAGCUAUAAUAACAUAACAUAAAAAUUUAUUGUGUUGAAAUGCAUAUCGGACAGUUGAUAGUCGAAUAAUUUACGCGUGUUCGUGCAGUGCAUGCUUGUAAUUGAACCCGGAAUGUGAAUUUAACGUUGUUAUUUCAACAAUAAUGUACGGUCGUUGACCAUAAUUAGAUUUUAAUAUUUUAAUAAUUAAAUAAAAAAAUCAUUGCAGACUCAAAUAAAAUCGUCAAUUUUGGAUGAUGGAUUGAAAAUUUUGUAAAGUCUAUAUCUAUCUAAUACGCAUUUGCUUUAAUAUUUUCCUAAGUAAUUUUUUUUUAUUGUAACAUCAAGGCGUAGUUCUGUUAUGGGCUGUGGCCUCAAUACAUCCAUACUAAUAUUUAUAUAUAUUGUAAAUAUUUUCUGUAAAUUGUUUUUAUUAUGAAAAUUAAAUAAUAAUCCGUCAGUUAAAAAAAAGUAUCUCCGUACAUAAACAAUAUAAUUAAUAUAGAUUAUAAUGUUUCCCUAAAGAUAAAUAAAAAAAUGUUAUAGUCUAUAGACGUCUCAUCUAGUCAUAGGAUGAUGAUCAGUGUUAUUUGUAAAUAAAUAUAUGUAUCUACUUGUAUUAAAUAAAUUGUGAAUGGAAUUUCACUUCAACUAAUAUUUUCGUAAAACAUAGUUUGGAUAGUUGUUAUGGCUGUUGUUUGGCGGGAAACACAGUUCCCUGCCAGGCUAAAUUGCGAUGCGUACCUGUGAACCUUAAUUUGUUGGAUUAGUUUCUAGAACUAAAAACUCUAAAUCCUAAAUUAUUAUGUGAACUUCAUUACAAUAUUUUUUAUGAUUAAAAAAUUUAAUGAAUAAAAUUUAGUGAAGAUACAUUAUAUCAUACUUAACAUAAAUUUCAGUCUGACUAUUUAUGUGUUGUAUUCUGCUAGUGGCUAAAUACCAGAUGGACCAUGAUUUCGGUAUGGAUAUAAUGAAAAUUAUAAAAAAAAUUAAAACCAUAAAAAAUAAAGGUCGCGUCAGAACUGUAUCAAUAAAAUAAACUAAUAUAAACGAAGUUUAUUUUGAUCCAAAAUAUCCAAUACACUUGCCUGAUGUACAAUAGCACACUUUUAUUUGAAAUAAAAUAGUUAAUCUGUUGAAGGCAUACCGAGCGUAAUAAAAUUCACAUUAAUAAUGUAGGACUUCGUUCAUAAUUCGAAGGGUACUAAUAUAUUUGUAUACGGUAUGUAAUAUUACUUUAUUGGUAAACACGAAGAAACUGGCUGGUAUCAAUGUUUAUUGACUGUCGCUCAAAAUUCAUUAGAAUCUCUUUGGUGAAUAAAUUUCGUACGUGCUAAAAAUACCGUUUAAAUCGACUAAAAUUUACCAAUUCAAUUGUAAUUUAUUUCAAUUCAGUUCAAUUCAAUUCAAGCUAGUUCAGAUCCUACUAUUGCAGGACCUGAAUUGGCUGUGUUACAAAUGCAGACUAAGCUCGACAAAUAGCUACAGUAAGCCGUUGUGG